UGCCAUCUUAAGAAGAUUACUUUACCGCUGCCUGUUCCAAUAAUACUCGCUUACUUUGCCCCCAACAUGCUAAGGAUGCUAACGCAACGCCAGCUCCACCCGGGCAUGUUUUUCUUACUCAUGUGGCUGUGUCAUUUCAUUGACGAUCAGAAAGUGCACGCUGGUAACUGCUGGCUACAGCAGGGGAGUAACGGGAGGUGCCAGUUCCUCUACAUGCCGGGAAUGAGCAGAGAAGAGUGCUGUAGAGGAGGCCGACUAGGGACUUCGUGGACCGAAGAAGACGUGCCGAAUAGCACGCUGUUUAGGUGGAUGAUCUUCAAUGGUGGAGCCCCAAACUGCAUGCCCUGCAAAGAAACAUGUGACAACGUGGACUGCGGUCCGGGAAAACGGUGUAAAAUGAACAAGCGGGGCAAGCCUCGCUGCGUCUGCGCCCCAGACUGUUCAAACGUGACCUGGAAGGGACCAGUCUGCGGUUCUGACGGGAAGACCUACAGAGACGAGUGCGCCCUGCUCAAAGCGCAGUGCAGAGGUCACCCAGAUCUUGAGGUGCAAUACCAGGGCAAAUGCAAGAAGACAUGCCGUGACGUUUUGUGCCCGGGGAGUUCUACGUGCGUAGUGGACCAGACCAACAACGCCUAUUGUGUGACAUGCAAUCGGAUUUGUCCGGAAGUGACAUCACCUGAACAGUACCUGUGUGGAAACGACGGCAUCAUCUACGCCAGCGCGUGUCACUUGAGAAGGGCGACGUGCCUUGUCGGCAGAUCAAUUGGAGUUGCAUACGAGGGGAAAUGCAUUAAGGCCAAGUCGUGCGACGACAUUCGCUGCAGCGCGGGGAAGAAGUGCCUGUGGGACGCGCGUAUGAGCCGAGGCCGCUGCUCGGCGUGCGGCGAGGCGUGCGCGGACAGCCGCUCAGACCAGGCGGUGUGCGCCAGCGAUAACACCACGUACCGCAGCGAGUGCGUCAUGAAGCAGGCCGCCUGCGCUCAGCGCCUCCUCCUGGAAGUCAAGCACUCUGGGUCUUGCAACUCCAUCAAUGAAGACCAGGAGGAUGAGGAGGAAGACGAAGACCAGGACUACAUGGCUUAUAUCCACUUUUCAUCGUUACUGCAUGGAUAAAAUGCCACCACUAUCGGUACCGUCCUAGAGCAAGGAAUCAUGUCCAUACUGUACAUAUGUGUAUGCUUAUUUAUUUUUUAAGACAAAAAAAGAAAAGUAUACAUAUAGUUUGGUCUGCUAGAUGUUUAUUUAUACUGUGUUUUGUGUUUUAUAAUUUAUACAUCUAUGAUGUCUGGCUGACUCUACCAUUUUAUUUUGUUUUUUCACUCGUUUUUUCAUUGUCGUUUCCUUUCUUUUUUAUUAUGAAGAAAUAUAUUUGUCCAAAGAGAAGCAGUGUUAUUUAUUGUGUGGUACAAUGCUGCCAUGUAAAGUAUAAAUCUUCUGCAAGCUGUAAAUUGCAUUCCGUGAGCUGUAGAAAUCUGCUUAUUGCUUAUCAUUCUCUAUUUUUCAGAUGUUUAUUUUACAAAUAAAUGCAUGUUAGCCUGUGUGUUUUAUUUAUUGGGGAAUCUGUCGUUCACUAUUGUACAUACAUCUUUCUGGUUUUGUUUACAGUUGAUUAUAACUGACCAAAGGGACUCUCUCACUGGUUCUGCAAAAGUACUUUAUAUGGUGCAGCACAGUAACAUUAAAAAUGAGCCUUUUUUCCCCCUUAAAGUAGGCCAAUUUUAUUUGUUUGUUUCUUUGUUUUUGGGUUUGUGUGUCCUGAAGACAGCAGUCUAAUGCAGACAGUAGCAGUAUUCAGUAGCAGUAUUCUGUGUUUUCCACAUUCAAAUAUCAAUGGCUUUGGGAAGAUACUUGAUUUUUGUCAAAGAUGUGCCAUUAACGUUUGCCUUUUCCCCCAAUGCAAUUUUGCAUAAUAUUCCUUAUCCAAUAUUCUGCUCCAUAUAGCUCUUGCAGAGCUCCUAGAUUACGUGGAUAUACUAUGCUAAGUAACACUAUAUCAGCCUUUAUCAAUUUACUUUUUUCACAUUGUUUUAAACAUGAUUUUUUUUUUCAAGCAUCACAAGAUAAAACAUAAAACCAGUUUGAAAUAUAUAGUUUUGUAUUUUUUUAUGUAAAUGUCAAAUGUAUAUAAAACGUUAUGAUGGUAUUUGUACAGAUAUGAAGAGUGAAAAUAAAACAAAUUUUCCCUUAUAA